UCUGACCAAUCGACGCGCCCGAUAUUACGCGCGGCGCCACCUCGCGACGGCUCAGGAGGCGGUCGUCCCAUCUAGCGCCUCACCUACUCUCAGGUAGCCAUCCCGCGAGAGAAUACGGAGAAGGUGGGAUGUCGAAGGUGGUCGCGGAACCUCGUGCCAUCGAACCUUCUAAGUGAGUCUCCGAGGCGAGGCGACGCGCGCCAGGUCGCGGACGAGAGGCAUCGUUUUACGUUCCGAAGCAUGGCAGAGUAUCUCGACUCCGAGGCGGACGUGAGCGAGGGCGAGGAGGAGCUGAAUCAGAAUGAGAAGAAGCGACUGCGGAAGCUGAAGGCCGUCGAGGAGAGCGACGACGAGGAGGAAGACGACGAGGAUCAGUUGCGCGAGGAGCUGAAAGAUUUGAUAGACGACAAUCCUAUAGACGAGAGCGAGGGCGAGGACAGCGAUGGUUCUAACCAUCACAAGAAACGUAAGAAGAGCGACGACGAGGAUUUUGAUGAUCGCUUGGAAGAUGAGGAUUACGAUCUGAUUGAAGAAAACUUGGGCGUUAAGUUUGAAAGAAAGCGUUUCAAACGCCUUCGAAGGAUCCAAGACGAGGAGUCGGAGGAGGAACAAGAGAAGGAAGCGGACGAAGAAAGGGACGCCAUUGCCAAUGAAUUGUUCGAAGGCUCUGGAGACGAAAGGGAUAUCACGGAGGACGAGAGACGAAGCGAGCGAAGCCACAGGCCAGAGGCGGAAACCUUCGAGGAAGGCAGUGAUGAAGGAGAAUAUACCGAUGCGGAUGAUUUUAUUGUUGACGAUGAUGGUAGACCCAUUGCGGAGAAAAGGAAGAAGAAGAAACCGAUAUUUUCCGAUGCGGCACUGCAAGAGGCACAAGACAUUUUCGGCGUUGAUUUUGAUUAUGAUGAAUUCGGUAAAUAUGGCGAGGAGGAUUAUGAGGAAGAGGAGGAAGAAGAAGAGGAUGAAUAUAUGGACGAAGACGUCGAUGCCGAACGGCCACGACGGCCGAAGAAACAGCUGAAGAAAAAGACCACGAGAAAGAGUAUCUUCGAGAUUUACGAGCCCAGCGAAUUGAAACGUGGUCACUUUACUGAUAUGGACAACGAGAUACGUAAUACAGAUAUACCAGAAAGAAUGCAACUUCGGUCUGUACCGGUCACAUCAGUUCCGGAGGGUUCCGAUGAGCUGGAUCUCGAGGCAGAAUGGAUCUACAAGCAGGCGUUUUGCAAGCCUACAGUUUCUAUUCAGGAUUCCCAUUUGAAUCCCGAGGCAAAGGAGCGGGCGCGAAAAGGACCCCAGACCAUCGGCAAGAUCAAGAAAGCCUUGGACUUCAUACGCAAUCAACACUUUGAAGUCCCCUUUAUAUCCUUCUACAGGAAGGAGUACGUGCUGCCCGAGCUGAAUAUCAACGACCUGUGGAAGGUUUACAAGUUCGACGCCAAGUGGUGUCAGUUGUGUCAGCGGAAGGAGAACCUGCUUAAGCUGUUCGAGAAAAUGCGCAACUAUCAACUGGACGAAGUCAUGAAGAACCCGGACGCGCCACUGCCGGAUAGCGUGCGAGUGAUUAAAGACGACGACAUUGAGCGACUGAAGAACGUGCAGACGAGCGAAGAGCUUAACGACGUCUACAAUCAUUUCAUGCUGUAUUACAGCCACGAGAUCCCGAAGAUGCAGGAGACCGUGCGACAAAAGGAGAAGCAGGCGCGGCGCGAGGAGAGGAUCCAGCGACGCAAACAACAGAUCGCCGAGGCGGAAGAAAACGGCGAGGAUCCGCCGGAGGAGGAAGAGCCACUGGAGGAAGAAGAGAUCGACGAAACGUUGAAGCAGGCCGUUAGAAGUGGCCCGUACACGAUCUGUCGAAAGGCCGCUCUGGACGGUCUGGCGAAGAAAUUCGGCCUGACACCCGAGCAUUACGCCGAGAAUCUGCGCGACAAUUAUCAGCGUCACGAGGUGGAUCAGGAGCCGACCGAGCCGACGACGAUCGCGCUCGAGUACUGCAGUUCGCGAUUCAAGGCCGCUGAGGAAGUGCUGAAGGCUGCUCAGCUGAUGGUGGCGAUUCAGUUGGCGCGCGAGCCGCUCGUGCGUAAAUGCGUGCGCGAGAUGUACAUGGAGCGCGCCAAGGUAUCCAUAAAUCCAACCAAGAGGGGCAUCAAAGAGAUCGACGAGAACCAUCCGAUCUACACGAUGAAGUAUCUCAAGGACAAGCCGGUGCGCGAUCUCGUGGGCGUGCAUUUUUUGAAUAUGAUAAUCGCCGAGGAGGACAAGCUCAUCACGAUUACGUUCAGCGACACCAUCGAAGGCAACACCAGCAGCAACUACGUCGACGAGAUGAAGCAACUCUAUUGCCGGGACGAGUUCAGCAAACUCGUGCAGGACUGGAACGCCUUGCGCGUAGGCAGCGUCGAGAUCGCGCUCAACCGUAUGGUGAUACCGCAUCUGAAGAAGGAACUGCGCACGAAUCUGGUCGCCGAGGCGAAGGAGUGCGUGAUGCGCUCGUGCUGUCGCAAGAUGUACAACUGGAUCAAGGUCGCGCCGUACAGCUGUGAGUUUCCCGAGGAAGAGGACGAGGAGUGGGACACUAGUAAAGGCCUGCGCGUCAUGGGCCUGGCCUUUGUGCCCGAUUACUCCCAAGCAGCUUUCACUUGUCUGGUCGCGCCCGACGGCGAGUGUACGGAUUACCUGCGCCUGCCGCACUUGAUGAAGCGCAAGAACAGUCACCGCGAGGACGAGAAGACGAUGAAGGAGGCCGAUCUGCUGGCGCUGAAAAACUUCAUAGCUACGAAGAAGCCGCACGUAGUCGUGGUGGCCGGCGAGUCCCGGGAGGCAACGAUGAUGGCUGCCGACAUUAAGGAGUGCAUCACUAAUCUGGCGAUGGAGGAGCAGUUUCCCAAUAUCCAGGUGGAGAUAUGCGAAAACGAGCUCGCCAAGAUCUACUCCAACAGUAACAAGGGUGUCUCGGAGUUCCGGGAUUACCCGGAGCUGCUGCGCCAGGCUAUCUCGCUCGCGAGAAGGAUGCAGGAUCCGCUGGUGGAGUUCUCGCAAUUGUGCACCGCCGACGAGGAGAUUCUCUGCCUCAAGUAUCACAACUUGCAAGAUCAGCUACCCAAGGAGGAGCUGCUGGAGAAUCUGUAUUUGGAGUUCGUCAAUCGCGUAAACGAAGUUGGCGUGGACGUCAAUAAGGCAGUCCAGCAGGCGUACUGCGGCAACCUUGUGCAAUUUGUUUGCGGUCUCGGGCCGCGAAAGGGUCAGGCGCUCAUCAAGAUGCUGAAGCAGACAAAUCAGCGAUUGGAAAACAGGACGCAGUUAGUCACCGCGUGUCACAUGGGGCCGAAGGUGUUCAUUAAUUGCGCUGGCUUCAUCAAGAUCGACACCAACAGCCUGGGCGACAGUACCGAGGCGUAUGUGGAGGUGCUGGACGGUUCGCGCGUACAUCCCGAGACCUACGAGUGGGCCAGGAAGAUGGCGGUCGACGCUCUGGAGUACGACGAUGAGGACGCCAAUCCCGCCGGUGCUCUGGAGGAGAUACUCGAGUCGCCCGAGCGCCUCAAGGACCUGGAUCUCGACGCUUUCGCCGAGGAACUCGAGCGGCAGGGCUUCGGCAACAAAUGCGUCACUCUCUACGACAUCAGGGCCGAGCUGAACAGCCGCUACAAGGACCUACGUGUGGCGUAUCAGUCGCCGAGCCCGGAGAAACUGUUCGACGUUCUCACCAAGGAGACACCCGAGACCUUCUACGUCGGCAAGCUGGUGCUGGCUACCGUGGUCGGAAUCAGUCACCGAAAGCCGCAGGGCGACCAGCUUGAUCAGGCGAAUCCGGUGCGAAACGAAGAGACCGGUCUGUGGCAGUGCCCGUUCUGCCUGAAGAACGAUUUCCCCGAGCUGUCGGAGGUGUGGAAUCACUUCGACGCCGGCGCCUGCCCGGGCAAGGCCACCGGCGUGAGAUUGCGACUGGACAACGGCAUCUCUGGAUACAUUCACAUAAAAAAUCUGUCGGAUCGGCACGUCGCAAAUCCUUGCGAGAGAGUCGGUAUGGGGCAGAUCAUUCACUGCCGAAUUAUUAAAAUCGAGGUAGAUCGAUUCAGCGUCGAAUGUACCAGCAAGAGCAGCGAUCUCGCUGACAAGAAUCAUGAGUGGAGGCCGCAGCGAGAUCCAUUUUAUGACACCGACACCGAGCAAAGGGACGUAAAGGUAGAAGAGGACGCGAAGAAGGCAAAGCAGCGGCAAAUCUACGUGAAACGCGUCAUCGUCCAUCCGUCCUUCCACAAUAUCAGUUUCGCCGAGACGGUAAAGCUGAUGCAGACGAUGAAGCAGGGCGAGGCGAUAGUGAGACCGAGCAGCAAAGGUGCCGACCACUUGACAGUCACGUGGAAAGUCACCGACGACAUUCUGCAGCACAUCGACGUUCGCGAGGAGGGCAAGGAGAACGCUUUUUCAUUGGGACAGAGCCUGUGGAUCGGCAACGAGGAAUUCGAGGAUUUGGACGAGAUUAUCGCUCGGCACGUAAAUCCCAUGGCGGCUUACGCCUCCGAAUUAUUGGACUUCAAGUACUACAAGCACGGUGUUGAGGGAAUCAAAGACAAAGCGGAGGAGAUACUGAAAGAACAGAAGAAGGAAAACCCUAGCGGAAUUCCCUACAUCAUGUCGGCAGCUAAAACCUUUCCCGGAAAGUUCCUACUCUCGUAUCUGCCGCGUACUCGCUGCCGCCACGAGUUCAUCACAGUGACAUCCGAGGGCUUUAGAUUUCGCGCGCAGAUGUUCGGUAGGGUGAGCGAUCUGUUGCGCUGGUUCAAGGAACACUUCAGGGAUCCCGUUCCUGGCCAAUCCACUCCGAGUACACCGCGCGGCGCGAUGACUUCUAGGACACCUUACACUACUACGCCGGGAACAGUCAGCGGUAUGAAUCAAGAAGCAAUACAGCGCGUUGCACAGAACCUUCCGCAUCACAUGUUGCACUCGCUGUCGCAAGUGGCGAAUCAGACGCCGCAUCACUAUCCGCCGCACACCCCCGGGGCGGCCAGUGCUACCGGCGGAUACGGCGGAGUGCACACGUAUCCGAACACGCCGUAUACGCCGUCCGGCCAGACUCCAUUUAUGACCCCGUAUCAGACGCCCCAUCACACCCCGCAUCACGGCCAGCCCACUCCCAGAUACGGCCAGCAAACCCCCAGCCACCAUCAAGGGCCCUUCGUGCAUCCACCGCCGCCCUCGAUGACACCCGGCCAUCACAGGUCCGCUCAGUCGCACAGACCUACACCACCACCCCUGUCCACUCCUUCCGGCGAUCCGACGGAUUGGAAGAAGGCCGCCGAGGCGUGGGCACGUUUGAAAAGCGGCCCCCGAGUCUCCGGAUCGACGCCCAGGUACGAGGAGUCCAGGAAAACUCCGCGUAACUAUGACGAGCCGGCUGGCAGAACGACACCCUCCGGCAGAAGCAGACCGUCGUCCGCGCGUACUCCGUCGUACAAAUCUCCGCGGGGCACUCCGCAUACGAAUUCUAGUCCACGGAGUAUGUCCCUCAGUGGAGAUGGUACUCCUCUGUACGACGAAAGCUAACGGGAUUGUGCAUAGCUGAUUGUAUUUAUUAGUCACGUCAUAUCAUGCUAUGUGUAUGAAUACUGAGAGCGCGCGUGCCCUCGGCGACGGGCGUCCGAUAUCCGGAGACGUCGUCUAUUGCUAGCGAAUUGAAUCGAUCGUGGAUUGUUACGGACAUGGCGACACGCGUAGUGAAUUCUUCCACUUUCUUGCACGCAAGAUUUCGUUUGCGAUCACCUGAGAGAGAGAGAUCGUUGAUUGGCCACGGCGUAAAACUACGGUGUUGUAUUUAUUUAUUUGAAGUAUCUUCGCAGUUUCUUCCUGUGUACAUAAUAAAAUUUAUGGAAACGUUACGGAGGCCUGAACACUAA